UGUCGCCGUCAUCAUAAAAAAUAGCCGGAAUUUGAAUUAGAAAAAAAGUAUUACUAUAAAAAUGUUACGCUUAUUUGCAUCAAUUACUGUGGCUUUUAUUUUGAAUGGUGUGUUGGGAGAAGUUACGUACCAAAAGCCGAAAGUUUUCAUCGUAACACUAAUUCGGAACAAAGAACAUACACUGCCGUAUUUCUUUUCUUAUCUCGAAAGUUUGGAUUAUCCGAAAGAUCGAAUUUCACUUUGGAUCCGUUCGGACCACAACGAGGAUAGAAGUGUUGAAAUCACGAAAGCUUGGUUAAAGAGAACUUCCAAACUGUAUCACAAUGUCGACUUUGGUUAUCGCAGUGACGCGAAGAAACGCUCCGAUGAAAGCAGCAGCACUCACUGGUCCGAACAGCGUUUUGCGGAUGUUAUCCGGUUAAAACAGGAAGCUCUCGAAAAGGCACGUUUUAUGUGGGCGGAUUACAUUCUGUUCCUUGACGCAGAUGCUUUUCUCACGGACCCGAAAUCUCUUAACAAACUAGUCAGUCUGAAUCUACCGGUCGUAGCUCCGAUGCUGCUAUCCGACGGCCUUUAUUCCAAUUUUUGGUGUGGCAUGACAGCCGAUUACUACUACCAACGAACGGAUGAAUACAAAGAAAUCCUCAAUUUCGAUAAAUCCGGUCAGUUCCAGGUACCGAUGGUGCACAGUGCUGUGAUGGUCAAUAUCAAUGUAAUGCAGUCAAUCAAUCUUACCUUCGACGCCAAACGAUUGCCACCGGGACAGUACAAGGGACCUCAGGAUGAUAUUAUCAUUUUCGCCAUGUCCGCAAACUACAGCGGAAUUCCUAUGUAUAUUUCAAAUGCUAUCAUAUAUGGCUAUCUUUUGGUGCCGUUGGAGCAAGGCGAAGCAAUUGAUAAGGACCUUGAUCAGCUAACAAAUAUCAAGUUAUUUAUUAUUAAUGAAUAUGGAGAACUGAACCUGAAAGACGAUAUGAAAACUUUCGUAACACAUGUUCCUAAAGAUAAACUAAGUGUAUCCCACAUUUACAUGAUAAACUUGAAAAGACGACCUGAACGACGUAAUAAAAUGAUCAAUAAUUUUGACCAACUAGGUUUGGAAGUUGAGUCCUUUCCGGCUGUUGAUGGUAAACAACUUAAUGAUGAAGUUUUGCGUGAAAUUGGAAUCGAGUUUCUUUCCGGAUAUGCCGAUCCGUAUCAUCAAAGACCUAUGACGAUGGGAGAAAUUGGUUGCUUUCUAAGUCAUUACUACAUCUGGGAAAAAAUGGUUGAACUUGAGCAACAAGAAGUACUAAUCUUAGAAGAUGACAUUCGCUUUGAGCCAUACUUUAGGCGGCGUGUUUUUCAAUUAUUGGAGGAGGCACGAUCUAUCGGUGGCUGGGAUAUUAUUUACUUAGGUCGAAAACGGUUACAAGAGAAUGACGAAAAAUGGGUAACCGGAUCAAAAACCAUGGUACAAGCAGGUUACUCGUAUUGGACCCUAGGCUACUUAAUAUCAUUGCAAGGGGCGAAAAAACUACUAUCGGAGCAGCCGCUGAAGAAGCUAGUUCCUGUGGAUGAAUAUCUACCGAUUAUGUUUGAUAAACAUCCAAACGACACUUGGGCAGAACACUUCAAAGAUCGUAAUCUCGUUGCGUGGAGUGCUGCACCGUUGCUACUUUAUCCAACCCACUACACCGGAGACGAUGGGUACAUUUCGGACACGGAAGACUCGAUUAGAAUUGAUAGCAUAACUGAAACGCACAACGAUACUGUGGAUUCACUUGCAGAAAAGAAAGGUAAUAAAGAACAGCUGAGCAGUAAUAUACUGUUCGAUGCUGCCACAACUCAAGAUGAGCAAGAAUUGGAUUUUAAGAAUAGAAGAAACGAGCUAUAGCAUUGGGAAUACUUUGCCUGCUAAUCUAAAAAUUGAAUUAUUAAAGCAGUUAAGAGUUGAAGGAUCGAAAUUAACAAAUCUAAGCUAAGCGACAUUUUCGAGAGCAAUGAAACCAUUACCAAAAAUUUAAGUGCCUUAU